ACGAUGAUGACAACGACAGUAACAAUAACGACAGCAAUAACGACGAUGAUAACAGCAAUAAUGAUGACGACGAAAUUGGUACUACAUCUGAAGAAGAAAAUUCUCAAGAAGAAAAUAGUAAUGAUAAUAGUAGUAGUGAAGAAAUUGGAUAUCAAGACGAUUACCAAGAGGAUUAUCAAGAGAAUUCACAAGAAGAUUUUGAUCAAUUACUUGAACAAUUUGAUAUUGCAACAACAAUGUUAUCAAAAGCAAAAUAUCUAAUAAUUGCUGAAUGUCGUAUUAUUUUUCUGGGUUUAAAAGCCAACCUUACAGAAAAUAGAACUUACUUCAAAAUGUGGUUGAUGCGAUAUACACAAGAAAUUUUUGUACCAAUUCAAACUUGUUUGCCAUUAAUUUAUACGGCAACAUCUUCAAAUGAAACUCAAAAUCUUCAGGGUUAUCAAUAUUUUACAAGUCGUUUAACUCAAUCAAUUCAUAGAAGAAUUGCAUCAAAUAAUUCAAAUGAUGAAAUUGAACGUUAUUGGUUAACACAGUAA